CUUGCCGCGCAAUGCCAGCCCUUCGUCUCUAUUGUUUCUUCUAGAUUUUCUCUCUUUUCCGUCAAAUAUUUCACUGUUUUUUUUUUGUGUUGUCCAUCCCUUCGUUAAGACCUUUUACCGUGGUCCAUCUGCCAUUGCGCCAUUGCAGCAACCUCCCCGAAUGCGCUGGUACAGUCGAGUUAGGAGUCAAAUCGAGGCUGGAAGUAAUUGAUCAAGGAAAAUGGGCGUCUGGAGCUCUUGUGGAUUGUGAACGACGUUGGCGACAUCACCCUCGACCCUCGAAUUCCCUCCCACCUCCGCUCCUUGGAAGACGACAACCCCCCACCGCCAUUAUGGCUGUCCUCAGCCAGUCGUGGACCCUGACGCGGAAGAAUCUCCUCAUCGCAGUCAAUCGCCAUGCAUUCAGCACCCUCAUCCGAGCCGUUAUCCUCCCCAUCGCGUUCAUGAUCUUUUUGAGUUACGCGCGGAAUCUGUUCGUCCCCUCCUCGACAUACGGCAUUGGGUCUGGUCACCCAAUUCGGACGCUGGCAGAGGGCCUCAAAGCGGCUACAGGAGGGAAGGACACACUGGCAUUUGUUAAUAAUGGGUUGGCUGGUGGAGAUAUCGAUCGAGUUAUCGAUGCCGUGGCUGCCUCUGCCUCUGCGCCUGGGACGAAGAUCUCGAGGCUGACGGACGAGGCUGAGCUCUUGGAUGUCUGCAAGAGUAGCUUGAGAGGCGCAACGAAUUGUUAUGCCGCGAUUGUAUUCCAGUCUUCACCAACAGAGGGUACUGGGGGGAUAUGGAACUACACUCUGCGAGGGGAUGGCGCUUUUGGUACGAAAAUCUUCGUCGACGAGGACACGAACGAUGCCGAAAUCUAUCUCCUUCCCCUUCAACGCGCGGUCGAUUAUGCCAUCGCAGGCGUGAAUACUACCAUCAAUCACGCUGCUCUCCCAGACACGGUCCUCGAAUAUACCUACACGAGUGAAACUCAGGCCCAGCGCGAUACGGCUAUUCGUGUUAAUUAUCAAGGUGUUAUUAUUGACAUCCUCGGGGUGGCUUUUCUCAUCGGCAUGGUUGGAGUGACAUAUCACAUGGCUGGUUUCAUCGCUUCUGAACGGGAGCUGGGCAUGUCGCAACUCAUUGAGGGCAUGAUGCCGAAUCUACGAAGGUGGGAGCCACAGUUGGCUCGCAUUCUGUCGUACCAUCUGGCUUUCGACAUCAUAUACCUCCCUAGUUGGAUAGUCAUUGGAGCAGUCCUCGGCGUAGGAGUCUUCGUGCAGACUUCAAUGGCCAUAGUCAUUAUAUAUCAUCUUCUAGCCGGUCUUUCUCUUGUAUCUUUUACAAUCCUCGGUGCUUCUUUCUUCAAGAAAGCCCAGCUGAGUGGCAUCAGCAUUGCACUCGUUGUCCUUCUUCUCGGAGUAAUUGCCCAGGUCAUAAAUAAUAUGAGCUCAGGCGCCGUUGCAAUCCUUAGUUUGCUGUUUGUUCCGUGUAAUUACGUCUUUUUCAUCGUCUUUAUGGCCCGGUAUGAGAGACAAGUCAGGGCAACAGAUCUCAUACGAGCCGCGCCUGACAAUCCAUGGAAUAUUACCGGCAUAAUACUAUUGGUUUUCAUCAUAAUCCAGAUAUUUGUAUAUCCUUUGCUUGGAGCUAUUGUGGAGCGAUGUCUGUAUGGAACUGCGUCCAAGGGGCGAUCAGUUAUUGGCCAGAAUCUCAAUCAUGCAACUGCAGAUGAGAAGUCGACAAGUGCAUCGCAAACCGUCCAGCUUCAAAACUUCACAAAGCACUACCGGCCGAACUGGUUCCAGCGUCAAUUUGCGGGAAUUACCAAGAUUCCGAAAUCGACGGUGGUAGCAGUCAGUGAUUUGACGCUCAAUGCAACAAAAGGUCAGAUAUUUGUUCUCCUCGGGGCCAACGGCUCUGGGAAGAGCACUACUCUUGAUGCAAUCGCCGGCUUAAAUACAGUCACCAGCGGGAAAAUCACUGUUGAUGGCACCGGGGGAUUGGGAAUUGCUCCUCAGAAGAACGUAUUGUGGGAUGAAUUGACCGUCGAAGAACAUAUCCGGAUUUUCAAUAAGCUCAAGUCUACAGGUCAACGGGAUACGCAACAAUCCAUCCGUGCGCUCAUUCAGGCUGUCGAUCUGGACAGAAAGAUUGACGCGAAGGCGAAGACACUAUCCGGCGGUCAGAAGAGGAAGCUCCAGCUGGGGAUGAUGUUUACUGGCGGAAGUGCAGUAUGUUGUGUCGAUGAGGUCAGCAGUGGGUUAGAUCCUCUCAGUCGACGAAAGAUCUGGGAUAUUCUUCUGGCCGAGAGAGGAACCAGAACCAUCAUCCUCACGACCCACUUUCUCGAUGAGGCGGAUCUUUUGGCUGAUCGUAUUGCAAUCUUAUCAAAGGGCACCCUCAGAGCCCAGGGAUCUUCAGUGGAAUUGAAAGAGAAACUUGGCGGUGGAUAUAGAAUCCAUUUGCAAACUGGUGCAGGACACCAACCGGCUCCUGUUAUUGAUGGUAUUGCGUCACAUGAGACCUUUGGGCAGACUAUGUACGUCGCGAACACAUCGAAGCAAGCCGUAAUGAUCAUCAAGCGCCUGGAAGAAGAAAAACUCACAGAUUACCAGCUCUCGGGGCCGACAAUUGAAGAUGUUUUCCUUCAAUUGGCAGAUGAGAUUAGCGCAGAAAGCACUUCCAGUCUCGACCCAGAAGCUUCGUUGCUAGGGCCUGACAAAAUUGAAAACCACGCGCACGCACCCGCAAUCUGCAUCUCUGAAGAAUCAGGGGCAUUGGAGCUGCACUCGAGUAGGAGUAUUGGCUUCUUUCGCCAGACGCAGGUCUUAUUUCGCAAGAGGGCUACAAUACUUCGCCGCAACUAUCUUCCAUACAUAGCAGCGCUUCUCAUACCCAUCAUUGCAGCCGGCCUCACGAGCUUAUUCCUGAAAACUUUUCAUGGCGUUGGAUGCUCACCUACUGAACAAGUAUCGAUUUCUGAUGUCGAAAACCUCGUCAAUCAAAUCCAUUAUGAUUUGAUUGUCGGGCCAUCCGGACGAUUUUCUAAUGAGACCCUAACUUCCUUGUUUGGUCCAUUAAUAUACGGCGUUGAUCUCACGCCAGAACAAAUCCACAAGAAGCUGAAUAUGGUUAAUACCUUGUCCCAAUUCAACGACUACAUUGACCGGAACUUUGCAAACGUUACCCCUGCAGGCUUCUUCCUCGGAAAUGGUGCCGCGCAAACAACCAUGGCAUACAAGGGCAAUGGUGACAUCUACAACGGGGUGUUUGGACAAAACAUUCUGGAUGUUAUGCUUACCAACAUCAGCAUUGGAACUCAGUAUUCGUCCUUCGAUAUCCCAUGGGCACCAUCGACGGGCAAGGCGCUGCAGCUGGUCGUCUAUUAUGGAUUGGCAAUGGCAGCAGCACCUGGAUUCUUCUCCCUUUAUCCUACGAUUGAGCGGAUGCGGAAUAUUCGAGGGCUUGAAUAUUCAAAUGGAGUUCGUCCACUACCCCUGUGGUUGGCAUACCUCGCGUUUGAUUUUAUCUUCGUCCUGGUAUCCAGUGCUCUGAGCGUCGCAAUCUUCGCAGGUGCGUCCUCUGCGUGGUACCAUGUUGGCUAUCUCUUCCUGAUAUUUGCACUCUUCGGCCUGGCUUCUAUCUUGCUUUCAUAUAUAGUUUCGCUGUUUGCUCGCACCCAGCUUUCAGCCUAUGCAUUCAGUGCAGCAGGCCAAGCCAUCCUCUUCCUGAUAUAUCUUAUUGGGUAUCUAUGCACUUUGACGUAUGCACCCGUUAACAAGAUCGACUCAUACCUCCACAUUGUCCACUUCACCAUUUCUCUUAUUACGCCCAUGGGAAGCUUGAUCAAGGCCCUCUUUGUCGCUCUCAAUAUAUUCUCCACAACCUGCUCUGGAAAGGAGUUGUCCACAAACCCCGGAGGUCUUCUAUGGUAUGGCGGCCCUAUUCUGUACUUAAUUGUACAGGUAUUUGUGCUUUUUGCGAUCCUCAUGUGGUAUGACAGUGGAUCCGUUGUGGCGUGGUACCAAAGGUUCAGAAAAGAGGCCAGUACAACGGCCGAGGCUGAUAUCCCCACGGACGAGGAACUCGCUGAAGAGUUGAUAAGAGUCAACACCGAAAACGAUGGCCUUCGCGUCCUUCACCUGACUAAAUCCUUUGGCCGUUUCACAGCCGUGGAGAAUUUAACUUUCGGAAUCAAACGGGGUGAAGUCUUUGCUUUGCUCGGUCCUAACGGGGCCGGUAAAUCGACUACCAUAUCCUUGAUUCGUGGCGACAUUCAGCCUUCGAGGAAUGGGGGGAAUGUCUUCGUCGAAAACAUCGAAAUCAAUAGACACCGCGCUAGUGCCAGAUCCCAUCUUGGUGUCUGUCCUCAAUACGAUGCUAUGGAUCAGAUGACAGUGCUAGAACAUCUGCGAUUCUAUGCCCGUGUGAGGGGCGUCGCCGACAUUGAACAUAACGUCGAAGCCGUCAUUAAAGCUGUUGGACUGCAAGCCUUCGCAUCUCGAAUGGCUGCAAAGCUUUCUGGAGGAAACAAAAGGAAACUGUCGCUAGGAAUUGCGUUAAUCGGCAACCCCACGGUCUUGUUACUGGACGAACCAAGCUCUGGCAUGGACGCAGCAGCAAAAAGAGUCAUGUGGAAGACUCUAGCUGCUAUCGUUCCCGGGCGAUCCCUCCUGCUUACUACUCACAGCAUGGAAGAAGCUGAUGCUUUAGCCAAUCGUGCUGGAAUCAUGGCGAGGAAGAUGCUGGCAAUUGGCACCAGCGAUUACUUGCGACGAAAACAUGGCGCCUGUUACUAUGUACACCUUGUCAUGAAGAGCGCUCCCCACACGUCGGACGAUGAAAUAGAAGCGCUCGAAUCAUGGAUUCUUGCUCAAUUUCCAGGUGCGAAUAUUGAAAAUAAAACAUAUCACGGCCAGAUUCGCUUCUCGGUACCUGCUCAGGAGCACACGACGAAAGAGGAGAUGCAGAUAGAGAUCGCAGAUGUAGACGGGGUAUCUGAUGCUGACGACAUGCAUUAUGGGUCUGGCGUUGGCUCUCUGAUCACGGUACUCGAGGACAAUCGAGACGUGCUGGGCGUAGAGUAUUACUCCGUCAGUCAGACAACUCUUGACCAGGUUUUCUUAUCGAUUGUCGAAAAACACAAUGUUCAAGAAGAGGGCUACUACUUAAGGAAGGAGAAAAGAGGAUAG